UGUAUGUAGGUAGUUAUAGAUAUAACUAUUGACGUGUGUCAAAUCCUGAUACUGGUCAGUCCGGAAUAAACUCUCGAAUAGUAAGCUGCCUAUUAUUGACCUAUACCUAUCCGCUCACCUAGUGCCUCCAGGAUAUUACAGUGGCGACAGGUAGUGAUAAUUUCGCGUGUGCAGUAAUUCAAUUAAUAAAUUAAAUGUCUAUCGGCAAGCUACAUGAAUUUAACGUCAGCAAUGGCGCAUGGUCAUCGUACAUGGAUCGCGUGGAAAUGUACUACAAGGUCAACAAAGUGCAAGACGAAAUGAAAGUGCCAGUAUUAAUUGCAGCGAUGGGAGAUGAGGCAUAUGAGCUGCUGGAGAACUUGGCCAGUCCUACAAAGCCAUCGGAUCUAACCUUAGUUAAAAUAAAGGAAUUAAUGUCACAUCAUUUGCAGCCAACACCGUCGUCUUUAGCGGAAAGAUACCGGUUUCGACAAAGGCGGCAAAAUGUCGGUGAAAAUGUAUCUACGUAUGUGGCGGAGUUGAAAAAGCUGUCCAAGCAUUGUAAAUUUGGCUCAGAGUUAAAUGGAAAUCUAAGGGAUCAAUUCAUUUGUGGCUUAAUCAGCGACUUAAUUAGGCAACGGCUUUUUGCGGAGGACGACAACAUAACCUUCGCAAAUGCAGUCAAACUUGCAACGUCAUUGGAGGCAGCAGAGAGGGACGCGGCGUUAGUGGAGCAGGGAAAGGUAACGAGUUCGAGUGGGACGGGAGAUGCGCAGGCCGUUAUGUUUGCAAGUCGGGCGCGAUCGGGUACAUCUACAUUCAAUGGAGGACAAUUGCGGGCGCCGGUAGUCACGCAACAGCGGCGAAAUGCAAAUUUUAAUGGCCGGCAGGAGAGGCACUGCGACGCCUGUGGCGCGCGCAGUCAUAAUUACGCGAAUUGCAAGUUCCGGGACUAUGUGUGCAGCAAGUGUCAGCGUACAGGCCAUUUGCGGCGGGUGUGCCCGGACUGGGGCGCGGCACCGGGAACCGCGGCCCGUGGAGGAGCGCGGGCGCCGGCCCGGCGCGGAGGGGCAGCGGCGGCGGCGCCGGCGCGGAGUGCCAUGCAUUUUGGGGUGGCCGAUCACGAACCGAGUGAGGAUUACGGCGGAGACAUCGAGGAAGAAUUACAUCACCUAUGUUUAAAUAACUACCCGGCGAUAUGAGGCGUUGUUCAGCGACGGACUGGGCCGGUACAAGGGCGGCAAGGCGACCUUGAGGGUGCGGGAGGGCGCAGCACCGGUGUUCCAUCGCGCACGCCCGAUGCCGUACGCGCUGCGC